GUUAUUCUUUGUAGUGGUGUUCUUUAUUUUGUUUAUUUUUAGGAAAUCUGACUUGACUUGGAUGAAGACAGGAAAAAAGCCCUAUAUUUCUUGGAUAGCUGCAUCAGUGUUGCCCAUUUCUGUACAGCAGCUGUAUUACUUAACAGCAUCCGACAAACAGAAGCAAUAAGCUGCAAACCUGCAAAGCAACUUGUCUAGGAAGAAAGAUGCCCUAAUUUUGGAAGCAUGUUCUCCUAGUUUAAGACAUCCAUUUUUGUGAAAAAAGAUUUUACCAUUUUUUGUUUUCCUAACAGGGUUGAAAGAAUCACAGGAUAAGCGUUUUGAAGAAAGAUUGUAACGUAUACAGCUUGAUAGCCUUAAGACUUUUAUAAUAAGCCUUCCUAUGUGAAUUGUGUUUUUCCUUUUUCUUUAGAUAUAGUGAGCUAGUAGUGACAUAGUUUCUUCUUAUAAUGGCACGCUUUCCUCAAACUAGCCAACAGGGUAUGCAGGCUUUGCUAGGGAAAUGUCGUGUAUUGUGGCCUCUUUCAAGAUGCCAGCAGCUGUUUGCUGUCUCUUUCAAUAUCGCCAACAGGGAAAAGGUUAGCUAUUUCAGUUUUAUGACAUCUUCCAGCACUGCAUUGCCAGUGGAUUCCAAAGGAACUGAGGCUUUUCCUACUAAGAAAAGGUCUGAGAUUCAGUAUGAAGGAGAAACAGCAUGGGAUGAGGAGAGUAAAAAAAUAUCUGAAGGAAAACUUCACUUUUAUUCCUCUGGAGCUCCGAAGAAACGAUUAGUGAGUCAUGUUCUGUCAAGGCAUAAGUUUGUCGAGGUCCAGCCUCCAGAAAAGCCUUUGCAGGCCGAAGAAUGGAGUAGGCUGAGGGAAAACUUUCGAUCACCUGAAAUAUUUGAAGAUGUGAUGUUUAACAGUAUGGUCAGGUGCAACAGCCCCAUAGAUGUGGCCAAGUCCUUGCUGACUUAUGUGGCGAAGACUGAUGGUGACAUUAGGUAUAAUUUGUUGGUCAAGUACCUGGCGUUAUGUGUCCAGCAAGGGAAGACGGCAGAGAUUUGUGAUGUGUAUGAUAUAAUGAAAAUCAGAUUUAAGAUAUUAGAAAGUGGGGCUUACAACCUUCUUAUCAGGGGGCUGAGUAAUUCAGAUCAAUGGAGAAUGGCCUUGACUCUUCUGGAAGAAGUAAGAAAAGUUAUGACUCCCUCAAGAACAAACUAUGAAUCCUGUAUCAAAGCGGCCAGCCGUCACCAAGAAAUGAACCUGGCAUGUGAACUUUACCAUGAGAUGCUGGCUAAGGAUUUGGUGCCAACCCUGGAUGUCCUGCAGGCCUUUUUUGACUUCAGCAGGGGUAUGAAAGAUGCUGAGUUACAAAAAGAGCUGUUUGGUAUCCUCUUGUAUUUGAGAGAGAACCAAAUAUACCCUCACAGAACAUUUAUGCGGAGUAUAAAGCUGUGGUUUGAAAGUAUUCCAGGAGAGAACUGGAGAGGACACCUGACCACCAUUAAAGACAGAGGACAGUGCCCAGUUUGUGAUCACCAGUUGGAGGACAGUGACCUCACUGAAGAAGAGUAUAAUAAUCUCAGAGAAAGAAUAAUAACAGAUGUGAUACAUGGAAGUGAUACUUUUAGAAAGACAAGUCCACAGGAAUUUGAAGCCUUUCAGACGUUUGUGGAAAAUCGCCUUCCCUUUGAUAUUGUUAUUGAUGGUCUCAAUGUUUCUCACAUAAAACCCAGGAAGAUGCAGUGUGAAAAUCUAUUUCAUGCUGUCGACUGCCUGGCAAAGGAGAAUGUCCGGUUGCUUGUGCUGGGCCGCAAACACAUGCUGAUUAACUCUUCAAAUUGGAAUCAGGAGAUUAUGAAGGAGAUGCAGAAUAAGGCAGACUUCUUCUUUGCUGAAAAUAUCUCUGAAGAUGAUGCCUUCCUGUUAUAUGCCACUCUUAGAUCAGGCAAACAUUGCAAGUUUGUUACUAGAGACUUCCUCCGGGAUCACAAGGCUUGUCUUUCUGACAGUGUGACACGUCAUCUGUUCCGUAAGUGGCAGCGUGGACACCAAAUAGUGUUUUCCCCCUCUGUAGAAGGAAAGCAUAUAAAUUUUUUGCCUGCUUUCAAUUAUGACUGUGUGGUACAGACUACAGGCGAUACAUGGCAUAUCCCCUAUAAAGACACUUUUGAGGAGCGAUAUUCAUAUCGAGUACCAAGAAAAUGGCUCUGUCUUCAACAGAAGUAAUGAAGAAUGUACUUGUAAAAGCUGAAGCAUCAUUUUUUUAUUACUGUUGCUGACAGUACUGUUGCUGUGCUGUUAGACCUCAGCAGUGCAAUUACAGGAUUAAUGGGUGAGGCCUGUAGCUGAAAAAAUAUUCAGUGGUUGCAUUUUGUCAAAAUCAUUCCAGCAGUAAAUCUGUUAACAUCAAUGGUGGUCCAGCAGGGAUGAAUUGGGUCUGUUGUUUCCAUCUGUACAGGCCAUUUCUGUAGCUUCCCAAUGUGAUUUGAAUUAAAAUUUAUUUUUUCAUCUUGGAAUUUCAGGUUGUGUUCCUUUUUUGCUCAAGCUUUUCAUCUACACUGAAAAUCAUAAACUCUGUACUUCAAAUAAAUCAGUCAUAACUUGCAGAAUACCCGCAAAAUUGGCAUGCUGACCUUGCAACCAUGUUGCACACUGUGUCCAAUAAAUGGAGCUGACUGGGCCAAGUGGUGUUUAACAUUUGCCAAACAUAGUUCUAAUACUUAAUAACAACAUAUAUUGAGAUUUUGUUUGGAAGAAUAAGGAAACAAUAAGUGUAAGGAACCGUGUGGCUCUUUCACAGUCUUAAACGUGCUGCUUCUGAGAGGAUUUCAUGCCUCUGGAAUAGUUUGCUUAUGUAAAUGUGUGAAUUUUCUAAACAGAAAUUAAUCAUAGCUAGAAAUUCAUUACAGGCAGUAACAGGACAAAACUGAAUUUUGUACAGACAUU